AAGAAACUGUUCUGGUCUCGACCUUCACAUUAUCAAAAUUGCAGAAAGAGUAAACGGUCUUCCAGAAAAAAUGUCAAUAAUUGCCUUUGGCAACAAAAUUCUCGUCCUUUGUGUAUUUCUGGCCGGGAUCGGUGUGGGUCCGCUGUGUGCCUUUACGGGUCCGAAAAAGUGCCACGAUGUGUGCCCCAUGAAGUAUCGUGUCGUUUGCGCUCUGAACGCGCUGGAUGGCUGCUUGCGGACCUUUGCCAGCAGCUGUGUCAUGAGGAUGUACAACUGCAAGUACCAGAAGGACUACCGUAUCUUAUCGGAACGGGCCUGCGAGAUCAUAACCCACGACGAACUGAACAAUCUUCUGGGCACCGGACCUCUGCUGGAGAAAUAAGUUUUUGGAAUGUUAGACAAAUUGUUAUUGAAAUAUUUAUAAAUACGCUUAGGUUGACACAAAAACAGUUAAUUUCCUGACAUA